AUAGCAUGAUUUGAACUUGAUACCCGUCAGUCUCAUGACGGUGCAAAUUUUGUUGAUGUAUAUAAGACGUUAAAUCAUCGAGAGAAGGGCAGUGAUAUAACUACUCUUUCAAGAAACUGCAACUUCAACUCAAGUCCCUUAAAAAUGAAGUCUUUAGUUCUUGUGGUGAUUUUGGCUGCUUUUUCUGACGCCUGGCUUUUCAGCUCUGGCCCAAAUACGCCAAAAUGGAAUAGUCUUUACGUCACGUUUGGGUCGUUUAAUCAGUUGCCUACAACCAAGACCGCCGCAGUAGCCGCUGGAUGGAGGCUGAACAAGACUUGUGAUGCCAGGAAUUACUUCGCGGGAAAUCGUUACAUUCUGGGUGGAGACACGGCUGUGAUGCUGUUGUUUGGUGCAAAUGGACAAUUGGCUGGAAUACAGAUGGGGGCUGCAAGAUCUAUCGUGGGAGUCAAAAGAAACCCAUGGGUCCGAGAAGGAGAUAUGUACGUCAUGACCGCCUACUUUACGGACCCAAGGACCAUAUGCAGUAGGACCCAGACAAGAAUUUACUAUGGUGACCGGCUCCUUAUCUUGGAUGGGACCACCAAUAGUACCAUAGUUAUCCCCUUUAAAGAAGAAGAUUUGACUGGCUCAAAAUGGGUGGCAGGAAAAUGUUUUCCAACGAUGGGUCAACAUUACUGGUACGACAUCUCAAAUAACAUGGACUGUAAUGACUUUUACCCUGUUUUCAUCAUGUACAACGGGAAGAGGCUGGACAGUUUUGGAUGGAACACCAAUGGAUUCCUGAAGAGUAAACGAUGCGAACAUCCAACAAGCGAUAGAUUUGGGGUGAGCCCAAUUAAGGCGGGGAUGUGAGAUAAUGAUAUUGAA